AUGCGUAGAUACACAGGGAAAAUCCCAGUGGCUGCGGACAUCGCGAACCAUUUCUGCGAGUGGAUGACGGACUACAAUCUGCCCGAUUCGCACAUUCUGCGGCUCGAAUGGCAUCCGAACGCGAAGCAGCAGCACGAUUUCGUGAAGACCUAUCUCCAGGCGCGGUUUGGGAAGGAGCCCAGCGAGGAGGAGGUGGAGAAGAUGUGCGUGCAGGUGCACAAGCAUGAGCUGUUCUCGAAUAUGCAUUGGUUCCUGUGGGGAUUGCUGCAGUGCCCGAUUAGCACGAUUGACUGGGACUACUGGGGCUAUGCGCUGAAUCGAUGGGAGCAUUAUGUGCGUGUGAAGAAGGAGUUUGGAAGAGAAGCUUUGCCCAUUAUGAGCGAGUAAGCUGGUUGAAGAAGCAAUAGUUGUUCUGUGUAGUU